AUGUGUAUGGCUGGGAAGUGGGAGAAAAGACUCUACUUUACCCAGACUUUAGCCAAGCAGAGCCCAGGGUACUCCCCAUCUGAACUGUCCCCUUCUCCCCCUGUUCUAGGUUUCAGUGUCCUGCUGGCUCUGUUAGGAUCAGAAGCAAAGAAUUCUGGAGCUUUAUGUCCCCCAUGCCCUGAAAAUGCCAGCUGCUUUAACAGCAUCCACUGUACUUGUAAAGAUGGAUUUCAGUCUGAGUCUGGGAAGAAGUACAUCAUCGGGCCUUAUGAGAAAUGUGAAGAUAUCGAUGAGUGCAAGACUGGGCUGGCAAAAUGCAAACAGGUGUCAUACUGCAGAAAUGAAAUUGGAAGUUACUACUGCAGCUGUAUCCCACAUCUCCCUAUCUUAAACUGGGUGGCUAGUUUUGUUAAAUUAAAUCAUUCAGAAUGUUAUGAGAACAGUAGUAAGGAGACAGAGUUAUCACAAGUCAUUCAGACAAUUCUAAAGAACAAUGGAAGCAAAGAGAACAUUGCAAAAAAGGCUACCCAGCUACUUCAAGACAUUGAAUCAACCAUAUGGAAUAGGAGUUUUGCUUCUCCUGGAAAGUUCGAAAAUUCUGUGCUUGAUAUAGUUUAUGAGAUCAAGAAGUGCAAUGAGACAAGUGAGAAGACUGUUCUGGAAGCUGGAAAUAACACAAUGGAUCUUGACUGCAAUGAUGUUUUCAAAGGAACCACAGGAGAAAGGAGUGCAGUUGCAUUUAUCACUUAUCAGUGUCUUGGGGAUAUUCUGAAUGGAUCCUUCUUCAGUGACAGAAGAAGGACAGUGGGAGUGAAACUGAACUCUCGUAUUGUGAGUGGCACCAUCGGUAUGAAGGAAAAAGUUUAUCUGUCUAGACCCGUGUUCCUGACCUUCAAACAUACUGAGCCUGGUGGUGAGAGAACAAAACAUUUGUGUGUCUACUGGGAAGGAUCGGAGGAAGGAGGCAGCUGGUCGACAGAGGGCUGCACUCACGUGAGCAGCAAUGAUUCUUACACCACGUGCAAGUGCUUCCACCUUUCCAGUUUUGCUGUACUCUUGGCUCUUGUUCCUAAGGUGGAUCCCAUUCUGGCUGCGAUCACCUACCUGGGACUGAGUCUCUCUCUGCUGUGCCUCUUCCUGGCAACCCUCACCUUCCUCCUGUGCCGACCCAUCCAGAACACCAACACCUCCCUCCACCUGCAGCUCUCCAUCUGCCUCUUUCUGGCCCACCUCCUCUUCCUCACAGCAAUUGAUCAAACUGAGCCUGAGGUGCUGUGCUCCAUCAUCGCAGGGGUGUUGCACUACCUCUACUUGGCCUCCUUCACCUGGAUGUUCCUCGAAGGGCUAUACCUCUUUCUCACUGUCAGGAACCUCAAGGUGGCCAACUAUACUAAUACAGGAAGAUUCAAGAAGAGGUUCACGUACACUUUAGGCUAUGGGAUCCCAGCUCUGAUUGUGGCUGUGUCUGCAAUAGUAGGACACAGAAAUUAUGGAACCUAUACCCACUGCUGGCUCAGUCUUGAUAAAGGGUUCAUCUGGAGCUUUAUGGGUCCAGUGGCCAUCAUUAUCUUGAUAAACUUGGUGUUCUACUUCCAAAUUCUGUGGAUUUUGAGAAGUAAACUUUCCUCCCUCAACAAAGAAGUUUCCACCAUUCAGGACACCAGAGUCAUGACAUUUAAAGCCAUUGCUCAGCUGUUUACCCUGGGCUGUUCUUGGGGACUUGGAUUUUUUAUGGUUAAUGAAGUUGGGAAGACAAUUGGAUUAAUCAUUGCCUAUAUGUUCACCAUCAUCAAUGUCCUGCAGGGUGUUUUGCUCUUUGUGGUACACUGUCUCCUUAAUCGCCAGGUGCGAAUGGAAUACAAGAAAUGGUUUAGUAGGAUGCAGAAAGAGGUUGAAAUUGAAAGUACUGAGGUCUCUCCUUCUACUAUCCACACCAAAGUGGUGCUGUGCUCCAUCAUUGGAGGGGUGCUGUUCUACCUCUACUUGGCUUCCUUUACCUGGAUGCUCCUUGAAGGGCUGCAGCAUUUCUUAACUGUCAGGAACCUCAAGGUGGCCAACUACAUCAGUGCAGGGAAGUUCAAGGAGAUUUGCCUCCUUCAUUGCCAACAGCUACCAAAGGACACCAAGCAGGUGUCCUUUAGGCUAUGGAUCCCAGCUGUGAUUGUAGCUGUGUCUGCCAGUGUUGUACACAGCAGUUAUGGAACACACACCCAGUAA